UUUACAACCAUUUGUUGGAACAUUUCCAUAAACUCAGUAGCAUGUUUAAAAACAACAAACUCCAUUCUUAUUCAUUAUCAUGGACCCCAAAGGUUUAGUUGGAAAAACAUGUGGAGAGUUUACAGUAGAUAAGCUAAUUGGAAAGGGUACAUUUGGACUUGUGUAUUUGGUGACCAGGACAAAUGAAAAACCAACAUGUACUGGCACGUACAAGCCAACAUCAUUUGCCAUGAAGAUGGUCCAUACAGCAGGAUCAAACACAAGAGAACAAACAUUGUUGGAGAGAGAAAUCCAACUCCUCAGAGAUUUAAAGAGAUAUGAUCACAAAAACAUUGUGAAAUAUGUUGAUUUCUUCCACUACAAGAACUUUACAUGUAUUAUAAUGGAGUAUUGCGAACGUGGAACACUGUUUGACUUCAUUCGUGAGCAAAAGAAUAAAGUAGUACAAGAGGACAAGUUUGUUCAUAUUCUUACUCAAAUAGCUGCUGGUUUGGAAUUUUUGCACGAUAAACAUGUUCUCCAUAGAGAUGUAAAAAGUAAAAAUAUAUUGAUAAGUGGACACCUUGAUAUCAAAAUUGCAGACUUUGGAGUUGCAAGGGAAAUACCUAUUGCUGAACCAGGGCAGAUGUCUGUUAUGAUUGGUAGUCCACAGUAUAUGAGUCCAGAGAUGUUGGCCCAGAAACCAUACGACCACAAGACUGAUAUGUGGAGUUUAGGAUGCACCUGUUAUGAGAUGGGGACAGGAGAUUUUGCUUUCAAAGCUGACAGUAUCAAUAAAAUUAAGGAACUAGUUCGCAAUAAUGAGUUACCCCCAAUGAAAAAGGCUGACUAUUGUCAAAAUGUGAAAAAGCUGAUAAUGUGGAUGCUCCAAACUGAGUCCGUUAACAGACCAACUGCCAAACAAGUUCUAGAAAAUAUACAAACACAUAGAUGUAAAACCAUUGAUUCGCAGACGACAAUUGAUAUUGCCAAAGCUGUAGCUGUAGCAACCGUUUCUCCGACGAAUAGAAUAAGAGAAAUAACACCUCGAAAGACUAGCGUUAGUGACCCUCCUGAUAGUGGCAUGUCUAGUGGGACAAGAACAAUAGAAAACACAUUACCAGGAGGACUUAGUUCAACAUUAGGAUCAACAAUGGCUUCCAUAAGUCAAAGUAUUGAUUUCCAGAAACAGUCUUGCCGAUAUCAAGUAGACCUGGUUCGUUUAAUUGGAGAUAACACAGCUAGUAAAAAAGUUUCUAAAAUCAUGAAAGUUCUUCGUAGACAUCCACAGAAUUAUGAUAAAAUAAAGGAAACAGUUAAGAAAUAUGUACGGGAAGAUAGGUUUGAUAAAACCUAUUCUAUAGUGAUGGCAUUGAAAGGUACAGAGGAAGCCAUAGCAGCACAGACACAACGAGGCUCUUCUGAUGAUAGGGCGUCAGCUGCAGAGAGAUCUAACAACAGAUAAGAAGAGUCGUUUGACUCUCUUUACAAAGUCAUGUAUUUGAUACAGUGCAUAGUUAACGACAUAGUUCUGUUGUAUUUUCAGCAUGAUAAGUAUGAAAUAUCUGUGGGUGUGAUUUAAUUUGAUAUCAUUUAUGUUGUUAACCCGUUUUGCAUAACGUUAAAGCGUUAAUCCUGAGCGAGCUUCCGGUGAAAUCAGCAUCAUAUAUAUUUUUACAACCAUUCGUAAACAGUCAUUACAGCCAAUCAACAGUAUGGUAUAUGCAAAAAACUAAUACAGCAUAUCUUUGAUAUUGGAGUACGAAAAGGAUCUUUUGCAUUUAUAUAUAAACGUGGUGGAUGAAUGUUAUCGUAUGAUAGUUCUAUUAUAAUAUCAAUAGAAUUGCAACCGGUUUAUUGAAACUGAGUGUAUGAAUCAGGUGGACUCGAUUUGAAAGUAUCGUCAAGAACGUUAACCAUUCGUCAUUUUGUUCGGUAUUUAUCCUAAAAUAGUCUUUUGUAGAUUUUUGAAACAACUUAUUUCUUAUAUUUCAACAGUGGACUAAUUCUGCUUUUAUUGACUUUGAUUAAUACUGAUAAAUAUGGUAUCGUUAGCUAUGGCGAUGUUUGAUUUAAAGAAUUGUCAUGGUGCCUGACAAAAUCUAAAAUUGGUGUUAUAGUUGUUUUAAAUAAAAUGAGUGAUUAAAGAAACAGAUGGGUCAGUCGGUAUACAUGAAAUUAUAUAGAUUAUUACAUAAAUAACUGAUGCUCGUUUGAAGAAGAGAAUUUAGAAAAAAAAAUAUUUAUAUCAACAACCAGGUGACAAGAUUUAAAUAUAAACCAUCGAUUUACAUUUUCACUUCUAGUUAUUUUCUUUUAUGAUAAAUGCUUUUAUUAAAAUAAUUUUAUAUA